UUUUUGCCUCGUUAUGGAAUAUUGCCCAAGCGGCAAGAAAGACGACAGCAUGUCGCCCUCGUCUCGCGGCCCGAGAUUUCUGACAGCUGAAUCGACAUGGUGCAGUGUGUGCUUCUUCAUCAUCAUCGCCUGCACCUCAUGCUGCUCGGCUUCGUCGGCGUCGUCGAUCUUCCGCGUGGACCGGGAUGGAUCCUGGCGGGGGGGGGACCUGCGCAGCUCGCCGGCGCGGAUGCCGUUUGAAUUGGGAUCCCGAUCCCGCUCGGUCAACUCCAGUGAGACGGCGAGUAGAGGGGAUGAAGAUUCRUCGGAAUCUUCACCCGAAAGUUCAGCGAURGCAUUUCCGGAGUCGCAAAGACCCCGUCGCCUGCAGAGCGCGCUGCCGYUCCAAUUCCUGGACACGCASCGACUGACUUUCAGCGGCAAUUUGCUGGAAGGAAAGAUCUUUGUGGACMGCGAAGCGKACUCGGAGGAUAUCGUAGCCGUCGACGUSWCAGCCAUCGAUGGCUCGAUCUACUUCAUGAUGAUUGAUCGGGCAUGGAUGCUCUCCACCGCGAUCGGGACCGGCAGCGAUUCCAGUUUCGCCGGUCCUUUCCCCGAUGCCAAUGGCUUCGCGAACGCUCCCGCCUUAUCUCUGGUAGAUAUGGCGCUCUACGGCGGCGGCGACGAGAGGCUCCUCGUCGUCGCUGAUCUGGCUAAUGGCUUGUUAAGGGCUUUCAGGCUAGACUCUCUGGGCCGCCCACCAGCGGUYUGGGACGUGUCGGGACACGUCGGCGCGCAGGAGGGCGGGAUCUACAGCGUUGCCGCGGAUCCAACGCGCCAGCGUCUCUACKUCUCUACAGGGCGUGAUGUCCUCUSGAUGACCAUUCCCUCUCAGCUCGACGGAUCGGUAAUCGUGGAGCCAUUGGCGCGCUUCGCGCCUGCGGCGGCCAGCGGCGCUUCCGCCGGCGKCGGAAUAGCUGCCGUCUUUCCCGUUCACCUGAGCCGCCACGCCAUCUCCGYGGAUGGACAACACAUGUACGUCGCCGACACGCUGUCGAAUUCCAUCCACCGCAUCUGGAUCGCGACGGGACUUACCCAGCCCAUCGGGAUCGGGAUCGCCGCYGGCGGCGGCAAUUCCACAUCAUCGUCAUCGUCGCAGUUCCGCUCUCCGCGUGGCCUCGCGCUCAMGCMCGACGGAUGCCACCUCUUCGUGUCGGAGGAAGAGACCGGUCGCAUCCAACUCGUCAACUUCGAAAGCAGCGGGGGCGACGUCGCUGGCAUUGACAUCUUGGCUGGCAACAGCAGCAGCGUGCGGAGUACAGAGGCCUCGAUGUUGUCGCUAUACGGCCUAGCGAUCUCGCCGGAUGGAGAUUACUUGUACGUAGGAUCUGAUGACGUGGCACUUUACAAGUUCCAGAUCAACAAGAUGAACUUGCCGCCUUGUUCCCCACCCCCCCUUGUUUCGAUUUCCUCCCCACCCCCAAUUUCGUCCUCCUACCCACCCCCAAUUUUGUCCUCCUUCUCGCCACCAGCAAUUUCAUCCUCCUCCUCACCUCCCCUUCCUCCUCCUCCUCCUCCUCCUCCUCCUCCUCCUCCUCCUCCUAGUGAGUCGUCGCCUGAUGGUUCUGUUUCCUCCCAAUCACUGCCUGUGCCUUCCGUUAGCCUAUCUUCUCAGAAAGGGCGGACAAAGAGGGACCAUCCCGAUCCCGGCGCGUCCUCCUCUUCCGCACCGCGCAGAUCAGGCGAUAGCGAUAGCAAGAUGGAUACUGCCGUACUCAUUGCUCUCGCUGUGGGGGUUCCCACCGCCGGGAUCGCGGCUGCGGUAUUGCUGGUCUGGAUCUUUUGCGGCGGCUUCGUACAUAGACGACGCCGCAAUGAUGAGGCCGCCGCCGCCGCCGCCGCCGCACAUCGUCCAGUAGGAGAGAUCGAGCCAGUGGCAAACUUUUCCAAGGGGCAGGGGCAGGGGCAGGGGCAAAUCGACGUGGUGGCGGCGACGCAUAUGCCUCCCCGACCCCCUCAGAUCGAAAGAGUAACAACCCAAUAUCUAACGAACGGGGAGCGGGGGGGAAGGGGAGGUAGGCAUUGGAGAGGCGCAAGUGGGGCUAUCGAGCUUCCUAUUUAAGAAAAAACGAAAUGGAAAACGAAAAAGAAAAUCGAGUGAUCCGAAAAAG